AUAUGGGGGCUCUUGAGCACAGCUGGGUGUACAUAUGUCUGUGUUUGGUCCCAUCAUUGAUUCUGAAAGGUGGAUGCAGUGCGGGUGUAUGUGAAGAGUGACUCUGAGGACCUGCAGUAUCCCAUCCUGUUUGUAGUUCGCCAGCAGAAGGGGGUCCUGUCAUGGCAAGUCCCUCUGAUUUUUCGAGGCCUUUACCAGAGGACCUACAACUACCAGGAAGUGAGCCGUACACUCUGCCCUUCGGAACCCACGCCUGAGAUGGGACCCUCUGAGCAGAUCAUAUUUGUAGACGUGGCUUCCAUGGCACUGUUUGAUAUUGAGUAUGAGCUGCUGGUCACGAGGCUCAAGAGCUUCCAACUCACGACAGACAAAGCCUUUAACUUCACUGCCAGCCCUUCUCAGCCUCAGUAUUUUCUGUACAAGUUCCCUCCAGAUGUGGAUUCCGUCAUCAUCAAGGUGGUAUCUGAAACCGUCUAUCCCUGUUCUGUUGUCUCCGUCCAGGAUAUUGUGUGCCCUGUGUAUGAUCUGGACCACAAUGUGGAGUUUAAUGGUGUUUACCAGUCCAUGACAAAGCAAGCUGCCAUCACUGUACAGAAGAAGGACUUCCUAGGCGAGCAGUUCUUUGUUGUGUUUGUCAUAAAGCCAGAGGACUAUGCCUGCGGGGGCUCUGUGCCUUCCUCUAUCAAGGGAAAGGGCAACCACACCUGGAACCUACAACGAACAAAGAGCCUUCAAGUGACCAUUGUACCCUCUAUUAAAGAGUCUGACUACGUGCAAGCUAUGCUCUUCAGCUUCCUGAGCUUCCUCUCCUUCUACCUGGGCUCGCUGAUCGUCGCCUUUGUGCACUACGUCAGGGUUCAGAGGAAGACUUCAGCUGGGAGAUACAGUCCUGAUGAUGGAUCCGGGACUGUGGCUACCUCACAUCCCAUCACGACUGGCACCCCCGAGGGAAGCAGCUAUGGAGCUAUUGACUAUCUGGACAAUUUAGAAGGGCCCCUUAAGACUCUCAAACAAGUGAGCGAGCUGACAUCCCUCUCCCCUGCCUCUUCAACCACCACAAUCUGCAUGCUCAAUCCACACUGCUGCCCUGAGCCUGCGUGGGCAAAGAGCUGGCACACAACCUGGGCAAACACAACACAAGAUACAGAAAAGCUUGACCUGCAAACUCUAUCUGCAGGGCAGUACUCAGAGGCCACUGCUAACACCAGGCAGAAUGCCGCAGCCUUUACUGAUGAGUCAAGCUCCAGUGGCGGCCGGCAGUUAUCGUCCCCGGAGCGUGGGCCCCCACAUGGUUCUGACACAGACAGCUCUGUGGAGGAGGAGAGCGAUUUUGACACCAUGCCCGAAAUUGAAAGUGAUAAGAAUGUCAUCCGCACUAAGAUGUUCCUCUAUCUGUCAGACUUGUCCAGAAAGGAUCGGCGAAUAGUCAGCAAAAAGUACAAAAUUUAUUUCUGGAACAUCAUCACAAUCGCCGUGUUCUAUGCACUGCCUGUGAUCCAGCUGGUCAUCACAUACCAAACGGUGGUGAACGUAACUGGUAACCAGGAUAUCUGCUACUAUAACUUCCUCUGUGCUCAUCCUCUGGGGGUCUUGAGCGCUUUCAACAACGUCCUGAGCAACGUGGGUCAUGUGCUGCUGGGCUGCCUCUUCCUGCUGAUCGUGUUGCGCAGAGACAUUCUCCACCGCCGUUCGCUGGAAGCCAAAGACCCCUACACGCUGGAAUAUGGAAUCCCCAAACACUUUGGUCUCUUCUAUGCCAUGGGCAUUGCUUUAAUGAUGGAAGGGGUUCUCAGUGCUUGUUACCAUGUCUGCCCCAACUACUCUAAUUUCCAGUUUGACACCUCCUUCAUGUACAUGAUUGCAGGACUCUGCAUGCUCAAGCUUUACCAGACCCGCCACCCUGACAUCAACGCCAGUGCUUACUCUGCUUACGCCUCCUUCGCCGUGGUCAUUUGCCUGGCUGUCGUCGGAGUGGUGUUUGGAAAGAACAAUGUGUGGUUUUGGGUCAUCUUCUCAGUCAUCCACAUCGUGGCCUCGCUGGCUCUCAGCACCCAGAUCUACUACAUGGGCCGCUUCAAAAUAGAUGUCUCUGACACAGACUUUGGGAUUUUCCGCCGAGUGGUGAUGGUGCUGUACACGGACUGUUUCCAGCAGUGCAGCCGGCCAAUGUACAUGGACAGGAUGGUGCUGCUCAUUGUUGGAAACCUGGUCAACUGGUCCUUUGCUGUCUUUGGACUGGUGUAUCGGCCAAGGGACUUUGCCUCCUACAUGCUGGGGAUCUUUAUCUGUAACCUACUGCUGUAUCUGGCCUUUUACAUCAUCAUGAAGCUCCGCAGCUCUGAGAAGCUCCUGCCCAUUCCACUGUUCUGCAUCGUGGCUACAGCCGUGGUUUGGGCUGCAGCCCUUUACUUCUUCUUCCAGAACCUCAGCAGCUGGGAGGAGACCCCGGCGGAAUCCCGAGAGAAGAAUCGCCCGUGCAUCCUGCUGGGCUUCUUUGAUGACCAUGACGUCUGGCACUUCCUCUCAGCAGCUGCCUUGUUCUUCUCCUUCUUGGUUCUGUUAACGCUGGAUGAUGACCUGGAUUCCGUGCGCAGAGACAAGAUCCCUGUGUUCUGAGCGACAGGAGCCGGGGUGGGGAUGGCGUUCUUCAUUCUGCUCGGUGGAAGGAGCAGAGCCGGCAGCCAGCAUUGUCUGGGGGGAAUGAACCUCCUGUUGUACAAACAGCACAGACAAACAACCCAGCCAGGCGGAGAGGGAGGAGCAGAUAGAUCCCACACCAGCAAAGAGGAGCUUUCUGUAAUAACUGAGGCAGACAGAGCCCUGCCUGUUCCUCCUCCCUGCCACUCAUUGGAUAAGAUGUGGCCAUCCAGCAUCCUCGAGUCCGGUGCAAGGCAGAUGAGCAGUGCUUUGGCUGGAAGUCACGCAGGAGUGAGGGAGCUGUGGCCGUGUGCAUUAAGGGUAGUGUGUUCCUCCAGGGGUGACUUAAACUGUGUUCACCUUCUCCUGCAACCUCCGCCGCCCUCAGAAAAGCCACCCAGCAGUCCUGAGCUGCCCCAGGGAGCAGUCUCUUUCUCUCGCUCACUGCCUGGCACCAACCCCAGCAGUGCAAUGGGACAUGAGACACAGCAAGCCCCUCGGAUGGGGCAGAGCAGCUGACACUAGCUCUUGACUCCUUUAUCUGCCUUUGUGUUGUGUUGCACGUUCUCUCCCAUGAGUAUGGUCAUCCGGGGCGAUGCAGGUCCCCGUCACGUUUGUAGCUGUUCUCUGCACCCCACGGGCCACUACCGUCAACGCUGCUACUCUCUGCAUCUGACCACGUCCACGGGCCCCUGCAGCCUGCACCGGGGAGGUGUUAGCUCUCACCCUGUGCCAGCCUGAGGAGCGCCUGCUGGGGCUACAGGUAGCAAACAGAGGCCAGGCUCAAAUCUCUAGCCCCAGCCUUAAGCUUGAGCUACUUCAUCCUGCAGCUGGAAGAACCUCAGGCCAGGGAAGAGCAAUGGGCCGAAUGAACUGUUCCACCUGAAAAAGCAACAACCCUGGGAGAUGGUGCUCCACUGCAGUGGGCUGCUAGUACCCAUGUUCUGGCAGCCCUAGAUGCUGAUGUGUUCGCUCCUCCUUGGCCUCCCUCCCUGUGCUUUUCGGUGGAGGAAGAGUUCAUGGUUGGCUCUUGCCUGGAGACCAGUUCCCUAGUAGCUCCCCUCUUGCAUCUGAAAUGACAUCCUGUGACCCUAACACCGCCACUCUGCAUUAGAGCUCUCCCUUUGCUGGCCACUCCCUACGUGGGUGUUUAGAAAAGGGAGCUGUGGAAUUACAGCCUAGUGCAGUCAUGCAUCAGGGCCUUGUCCUGUUCAUACUGGUGGCACUUUUGCUAUUGACUUCAGUGAGAGCAGGCCCAUAGCAAAGAAGCUCCUUAUGAACCUCAGUCUUUCAGGGCUUCUGAAUUUACAACCAAUCAUUUGCUCUGGACUGAAAGCUAGCAAAGAAGGCUCCCACCACAGGAGAGAAAUGUCAGUUUAAUAAAAUUCUGAACCAAACACUAUUUCCCCUCAGCCCUGCUGCAGCUACAACCUAGAUUUUGGAUUUUUGUUAAUGGAUUUGCAUUUUUACUGUUGCUAGAAUUGCCACAUCAUUUUAAAAACAAGAACAAGGUGUGAAAUGUUGCAGGUGCUGUGGCCGAAAGGUGACCCACGUUGCUAAUUUUGAAUUUAAAAAUAGUAUCAAUUAGUGAGGCCUCCUGCAACUUUUUUAAAAAGUUGCUAUUGGAGUAUUGUUGAAUUGUCAAAAAGGGGAGUGUGUGUGGGGUGGGGGUGUUUAAUUCUAUGGUAACUAUUGCACAGAGGCCCUGGGCUGCUAGCAUUUACUUUGGGGAAAAAGUCUACGGUGAAGCUGUGAGCGGAAGUGUCCCGCUCCUAGAAGAUGUCCUAUUACCGGUAAUUGGUUGAAAUUUAAGACCACAAAUAAAUGAGGGUUUUUUCUAAUUCCCAGCCCUCUAACUUCAAGCUGGGUUCUUCUUAUCUUACGUAUUAGAACCGCUAAGAAAAGUUGUGCAGACCCAAUUCUGCCCUUACCCAUACCUGUACAAUCACACUGCUGGCAGUGGGCGUAAUGAGUAGAAACUUGGGUUGAAGGUUUCUCAUGUUGGGUACCCAAAAUCAGUGACCCCUUUUGAAAAGGUUGGCCUAAUGUUUUGGCUAAACUGGGGGAAAGAAACUGCAACCCCUCAACUGUUCGCCAGUCAGUUUAUUUCACUGCUGGCAGAGGUGAACUUGUUGGAUUGUGAAUAAUCCACAUCUGUUACAAAAUCUCCCAACAGCUCUCACCAUAUGUUCUUUGUUUAGAAUAAAUGACAGUCCACGAUCUGCUGCACAAUGGAACAAAGCUGCGGAGGAGGAGGAGACUAAUAUGAAUGAGGGAGAAACAGGUUCAGGAAGGUCCCUAAUAGGGAUUUAUUUUUAUAUAUAUAUUUUUGGACAGUAAGUUCCCAUAUUACCUGUAGUAAGGGGGAGCUUUUACAUGUAUAAAGUUCAUGCAAACAGCCUUAGACGUAGCCCUACCUGUGGCCCUCUGGUGCUACCCUAAGCAGUAUCUGAACACCCCUCUACUUUGACUUAGUAAGGAACUCACCAACAGAAAUGGGUCCAGUAAAAGCUAUUACCUCACCCUCCUUGUCCCUCUAAUAUCCUGGGUGCACCAUGGCUACGGCCACACAGCAGCCACCAGCUCAGUCAGAGGGGGACACCCCUCUGGGAGAGCAGGGAGCCAUGACAGAGCUGGGUGCAGGCGGACACGUGGUGGCCCUGCUGUCAAUUAGACCAGGCUAGUGAAUGCCUUCUCCUAGUCUCACUGCACCAUCCAGGUGGACAGCCAGCAGCUGAGCGCGCACCGGCAGAGCUCAGGUCUUUCUGAUGACAGAGAGCAGCUUCCCUCGGAGGCUCACUUGGCUCAGGUCUCACUGAUCCAGCUCAGCUAGGCAUAAGCCCUACACUGAGUGUAACUGCAAAACAAUUGCUAGGAUGAGGAAGAUUAGGGCUGUAAGUCCUUUUCCCCACUCCCAUCACCCUGCUUCCCCCACUCCAGCUAACGUAGGGCUGUCAUCUCACCCUUGCAGUCAGAGCUUGUGCUUAGACAAUGGGUAACAAGGGCCUUGCUCUCAUGUGUGUAUAAAUAUAUAGUUAUAUUGUGGCUCUGGCACAACCACAUGGGGCCAAUUACAUUCCCUGCUGGGCACCAUGGUACCAGCCAGCUAGUGCCAACUUGGAGAAGGGGGCGAGUAGAUGUCAGCGCAACAGUUGGAGGGACUGACAUAGAAACAUUAAAAGUGCUACCCAUUCAGUUUGGCUAAAUCAAGGGGACCAUGAGCCUACUGUGCAAAUGUGAAGAGUAUAACCACAAAGGACGAAGAGGAGUUACACAGCAGGGUGUGGGAGAGAGCUAGUUUGAAGGAAGGGCAUGAAACUAAGGCAGGCACUGUAGGCUGAAUAUGAGGAAAAGUUGCUCACCCACCAGAGGUAGCAGGGGGAUGGAGUAGUCUCCAAAGGGACAGGACAGAAGUGCGACUAUUUGUGGGUUUUAAAUCAAGCUUAGCACUAAGAUUGUAGAUGUCCAGUAAAGAACCAUCAUGUAUUGGUACCUGUGGACAACUGAGUGGCUACAUCCACAAAGGGAUUUAGGUGCCUAGUUGCGAAGGUACAUUUAGAUACGCAGAAUACCUGCUCAGUUAAUGCGUAAAUCUGGAGAUGCUUAAUGGCCCUAGGCCCAUACGCUGCUGCUGGGGAUGGCCCAUGGCACCUAAAUGGCUGCUGGUGCACAUGUGCAAAGCUGCCCAAGGCCUGAUGAGGCUAAACUGCUCAGUGCCUCACUCAUGCCUAAGCCUCAGUGAGUUUCACAUACUAGCCAUGCCCCACCCAACUCACCUGCUGGUCCAAGACUAGUGGGUGUGGUCAGUGCAUGCCCACCCCACACAAAGGCCACUAUUGGGCUGGCAAAUAUUACGCUGUGGCCCAGUGGGGCAGCAGGACAUGCUCUUUGGAGACCCACAUUCCAGGCCCCUUCUCUGCAUCCAUGACUAACUCUUGCAUACAUUGUGAAACAGUUUCAACAGCAGUGCUUGAAAGCCACUGGUUAGGACACCCUCCCCUGAGAGGUUCAAGUCCUUGCUCCAAACUAGACCGAGUAUUUGACCCCCAGGUUUUCCACUGCCUGGGGCUAAGGGUGGCACAGCACCACCAUCACCUUGGCUUGCUUUUUUUUUUUCCGGCAAGAAAAGGCUGAUGUGAUUUAGGCACCUAACUCCUAGAGAGGGUUCACAGCUGACAAUCCUGAGUGGAGGGAGGUGCCACAGUCCAGCCCAGAAUUAGGCAUUUAAACCCCUUUGAGGGAUGGAGUUAAAUUCCUACUCACUUCCUCCUACUAGCUUAAGCAGCACUCGCUCCGCUUGCUGGCUUUUGUGGCUCCCAUUCUUGGGCACCUAUAUUGACCCCUGCGUUGUUGGGCAAACCUGGGCACCUAACUUAGAGCUGUGAAGUCCACUGGAUAGGAGGGUGCCUAGAUGUUAGGUGGUGUAAAUACUCAGCCUAAGUCUCCCUUGUCACUCCCAUCCUAGGUAAUCUACCCACUAGGUGUUUCCCACCUGUCAACCCUUUUGGCAUCCUCCCCUCUUUUAAACUAUCUGCAGUCCUUUAUUUUCUCUGUUGAAUUUACACGUAGACUUAAAAUACAAACAGAAAGCAGUUGAGAGAAUCUACUUCCUAGUGGUUGCAGCGGGUACUUUAUUUCCCCAAUUUCUUCCUGGGCUUCUGUUCUUUUGCGUUUAUAAUCUGUUUGGAGUUUGUGCAUUUGUGAAACAGUAAGAUGUGAACAGGCCUUGCACUUAGGCAUUGCAUGAUAGACCCUCAGUCAAGGAGUGCUAGGGCGGACUGAUGUGAGCCAGCUGAGAAGUGCAAUGAACUCUAUAGGAUACAGGCUGGACUUAGUACAGUUCGGAAAUGAAACUUACAUUAUCCAUAUGUAGAAAAAGCAAUCAGAUCAUCCAGGAGAACUCAGAGAAAAGGCUAUGCACAACCACCAAUGGAACAGGGGGAGAGACACGAGAACUACAGCCAUCUGAAGCCAGUUACCAGCAAGAGAGAAGAGUUUAUGUAACUAGAAGGGGAUGCAAUAUUCAAAGAAAACUUAAUUAUCAAGGCUGAAUACUAAGGAAAACUUCCUGAGAGAGAGAUACAAAGGAGAGGAAGGGAACAGUCUUCCAGGGGAAGAGGGAAGCCCCAUUGCUUGGGACAUUUAAAACUAGACUAAGCAAAGCAUAAGCAUACACAUCAUAGGAAACAAUCCUGCCCUGGCCUUAAGGGUGGGAAAUAAACAAGGAGAUCCACUGAUCUUUCCCAUCUCUGAUUUGUACAAUUUAAUGAGCAUUUUGUGGGCAGGAUUCUACAGUCAGAAUGGCAAGUUCUGUUUGCUGCCAACAUUCCAAUCCAGCUCAGCUAAAUUUAGGAACCAAAUGUCAAUCAAAUAUACUUUAUCUCCAAUCAGCUGAGGUCUUGUGUGCAAGGUGCUUGUAGCAGGCAGAUUUUCUUCACAACUUCAGCAGCUGUGUUUGCAGCAGUAGCAAGUGAAAGCUGCUCCAUCUCAUUGCCCACUAUUGCUGGAGGGCCUUGAAACCUCAGUCACAAAGGAAGGACUACUGUUACUAACAGAAACCAAACAGAAGUGGAAGAGCAGAUGAGAAAUGUAGUGCCUCAUUCUGGUGCUUUCGCACUGGAGAACAGUUGAGAAAAAUCCAUGGGUUUGCUACAAGUGAGUCUAUGCAGCUGAAGUGGGGUUUUUUACCCACAAAAGCUUAUGCCAAAAUAAAUGUUAGUCUUUAAGGUGCCACUGGACUCCUCGUUUUUACAAGUGAGAGUGUCCCUAAAAAAAUCACCUCUGGAAUUUCCUGAGCUUCAAAUGUUUAAUUUUUUAAAAAAGUAUUAAGACAAAUUAAUUUACAACUUUGUUUUUUCUAGAAACUUGAUAUAUUCUAAACAUCGUCCAAAAAGAACACAGUACACAAACAGUAAUUUUAAAUUUUUUUAAUAAAAUACUAUAAUGUUCAUAUCUAUACAAAUAAUUAUUACAACCAUUAAACAAAGUGUUACAUUUAACAAUAAAAAUCUCAGAACUUUGAACAAGAUCAUGGUUGGGAUAUUUACACCUGAAAGCAACACAUUUGUAAAAAGAUGUCAAAAUAAACAGAACAAGAUCUUAUUUACAAUUGCAAGAUGUUCCUGAUCAUGUUUAUUAUACAUUUCUGCUCUGGAGUUCCUUUUUCCCUUACAAAAUAGUAGUGGGAGUUUCCACUGGGACUAUAACCAGGUAAUGUACAGCUUGGAGCCGAUUGUAUACAGCAGAAAAUUCUGGAUUGAGUAUAAAUAAAAAUAUUACGUUAUGGAAAUCAAGAGCAUCUUUGAUUACUUUCCUGUGGUGAAAUCCAUAUUGGCAUUCCUUCUCCCUGUGUUUGUGGGGAAAUGGGUACUGUACAUUAUCAUUUUAGUCAUCCCCAUGUUUGUGGGCUAUGCAAGAGAAUGGCAUGACAAAGUUGGAGUCUAUAUUAAGAUUGGGAAAAUGGGACAAUGUAGUGAGGGGUAGCGAAAUACCUAAACUUCUCUUAUGCGGCAUAGUUGUGUGUCCACACGAACACUUAGCCACUAAAGAAGGCCACCCAUUUACAGAUACAGUGCAUUGCAAAUGAUAACUGUUCUAUUGUAUUUACUCUAUCAAUUAAAAAUGUGGUUAUCUGCAAAUAAACAAGUAAUAUGUUGCUUUACAAGUUGCACACUUAAAGUAACUGUCAUUACCAUGAAUAGAAGAAGGUUUUGUGACACCAUGGCCUUGCCUACAGUAGGCUUAGCUGUCAUGGGUGUUGGGAACUGCAGGAGUGCUAGUGCAGAUAGGGUGUUGGCAGCAGCUGGCCUUCCGUGUGAUGUAGACCUGUUCUGAGCAGCAUUACACAACGUGGUGCUUAAAACACUAGCGCUCCCGCCCACGUUAUGACCGAGAAUGCUGGACCAGUGCUAGAGAGAGUUGGAAAUAUUACCAGAAAAACUGAGUGUGGACACAACUAAUUAAUAGGGGCCUUUAUACCAUAUGACAUCGAAACAAGCGCUAGAACAAUUUGGCAUAAAUUUAUCUUACUUCUUACACCUUUUCCUCCCAACAGUUUCAAGUCAAAGGAAGAUCGAUUUAGGACAAACCAGUUCUCCAAAAGGGGAAACGGGGAAUAGAGAAAGGAGAAUCACAGCUCUCAGUAAGUGUUCAGCUAAAUAUAGUUAUAUGGAAGCAAACUACAGAAAAAUAGUCUGUUGGUGAUAUAGCCUCUGGACCUGGGUCAAGAAUGGCUCGGAACAAGAUUAAAGGACAACAGUAGGUUAGAAAUAACAAUUUGAGUUCUUUUCUCUGGGUAGUCACUGGGUCUCUGGGAUGCUGCCAGGCCACUGGCUUUCUGAAAUUGCAUUACAGUCACCUAUCAUGGUGGCAGCAGUGCACAACUUUAAAGUGCAGUUGGAAAUCUGCAAAAUUCAGGCAGUACUGCUCACAGAGAAUACCAGAGCAUUUUGCAGAGAUUCUGUACUUGCAUCUACACCGCAGUUUAGUGAUCAGAGCAGAGGAAUAGUAGUCGAAAGUUUUGUGUUCUAAUCUGAGUCUGUUACUGACAGUCUGUGAUCUUGGGCACAUCACUUCACUUCUUUGUGCAUGAGGUUUCUCUAGCUACUAAAAAUGGGGAUAAAUACUUGCUCAUUUUUGUAAGACACUUUGAGACCAACUCUUUUGAUGAAAACUGUUAAAGUAUUAUUACAUAGUCUACUUCAAACUGAACCUGGUCCUACCCUGAUUCUUCAAGAUUCCUCACAGGAUGCAUGUUAAAAGGAGACAAACAUUGCACUAAAGUGGAUGUGACCCACUCCCUAUGUCCUUUAGCUAUUGUUUGUUGAACUGACCUAGGGGAAGCUGGAACUUAUACACCGUGCUUGCCAGAUGUGGCAAUACCAUCACAAUGCAAAAAGAAGAAAUACUGUGAAGGUUGAUGGUCUCAGAAUUCUUUAUUAUUCUUUGUUGUGUAAAAUUCUGGUAAUUCUGCUUGUAUCUUUUCUCUUCAAUAAAAAAAAAGUAACCAAAAUAUAGCUAGCAUCCUCUGACAACAAAAUAGUGCUCACUCAUGAGGAAGAAAAAAUUCCAGUUUCAGGGGUAUG